GUUUGAAAACGUUUUGUGGAGAGCAUCUUCAGGCAUCAAGGGAGGAGCAUCAUAGAAGAAACUGAUGCCCUUUUAACUGAUUGUUGUUUAUUCAUCUGUGGCAUAUUAACGAUUUUUGCCUAUCGUUAAACCCGUUCGGAUCAAACAGGUACCAAAUAUUAAGGGCCUAAAGCCACUUAAUUAGCUGGAAAGAUAAGGGUACACCAAGAGUUGUGUGGAAGCUUGAAUUCUCUGGGAAUCUGGGGAUGCAGCAUGCUUAAGCUCCAUGGUCUAGCCUAUGAGCAUGUCGCUAUUUCCUAGCAGUACAGCGUCUCACAAUCACGAUCCAGCAUUUGUGAUUUGUAGCUCAAAUAGUCCAAAAAAGGAAAAACAUGUAUGGUUGCUUGAUCACGAUCACGGUACUCAAGAUUCAUCGAAAUCAUUGGACCGCAUCACUAUUUGUUAUACAGUUCUAAAUUGUGUAAGUGUCAAGGGCUCAAGCUGACACUCUGUCUUCACCUAUCGUUUUGAUCUAGAGUGGCUGCUGAGUCAUCAAAACGCUGCCAACCUUCAUGGUUGAACAGUGGACGUCGCGUAUAACCACCAGCUACAAUGUUUAUAUCAGGUGCUGAUGGAUCACUGAAUCAUUAGUUAGGCUGUCCCUAUACUGGACGAUAUCUUGCAACUAGCAACUAGCUUUGUAGACGUCGAAGGUCUAAUCGCUAUAGCGUUUGAUUUUAUUGAACCUUAUAUAUGACAGAUAAUUUUAUUCUGUGCUGAAAAAAAGCUAAAAAUAAUUAUAUCAACAACGAC